AUGGAGGCGGCUACCGAGCGUCACUUCUUUCACCACGGUGCCAGUGAGCCGACCGGUGCCAAGACGUCGGCCAGGGCUCUCGAAAAAGAGAAAGAACACUGCCAUUGGUGCCAGAUUCGUUCGUUCCCUACAAACAAGCAAUAUCCGAUCACAAUAGUCAACGAAGUUGACAACGCAACCAUCCCCUCCACCUUUCGGUUUUUGCAGAACUCGAGACUCGGGGCCGGAGUCCAAGCUGCUGAGGAUAAUUUCCGCACAGGUUGCGAGUGUGCCGACGUGGAGGAAUGUCAAUACAUGGGCUGUCUGUGCUUGCAGGAGCAAGAGGACGACCCGGACGACGAGGGGCACACCAGGCGGAAGGUCUACAUGUACCAUAUGCACGGCGCCAAAGCUGGCCUGCUGCGAAGCAAGUUCCUGAACUCAAAGCGACCCAUAUACGAGUGCCACGAUGGCUGUGCGUGCGCCGAUAACUGCCCAAACCGCGUGGUUGAGAGAGGCCGCAAGGUGCCUUUGCAGAUCUUCCGCACAGAGAAGACUGGAUGGGGAGUACGCUCGCUGGUGGACAUCAAGAAGGGCCAGUUCGUCGACAAGUACAUUGGGGAGAUCAUCACGCCCCAGGAGGCCCAGCGUCGCCGCGCUGCGUCCAGUAUCGCGAAGCGGAAGGACGUGUACCUCUUCGCGCUCGACAAAUUCACCGACCCGGACUCGCCCGAUGUGCGCCUCCGAGGACAUCCGCUUGAGAUUGAUGGCGAGUUCAUGUCUGGCCCGACGCGGUUCAUCAAUCACUCGUGCGAUCCGAACCUGCGCAUCUUUGCGCGCGUCGGAGACCACGCGGACAAGCACAUCCACGACAUUGCCAUGUUUGCGCUCAGGGACAUUCCGAAAGGAGAAGAGCUGACGUUCGACUACGUCGACGGCGUCAGUGAAGAGGACGACGACGCAAAAAACAAGAGCAAGCAGGAUGAUAUGGUCAGGUGUCUAUGCAACAGCAAGAACUGCCGCAAGUUCCUGUGGUAA